AUGUUCCUCCUGCUGGCCGCACUUCAGAUCUUGGCUGUAGCCAUGGCACAGAGCCAAGGGGAUAAGGACAAGAUCAUCGGAGGCCACCCAUGCAUCCAGCAUUCCCAGCCGUGGCAGGCAGCGCUGCUGGCAGGUGUCACGUGUCGCUUCCUCUGUGGAGGGUCCCUGCUGUCAGACCGGUGGGUCAUCACCGCCGCUCACUGCUCCCGCCGGAACCUGUGGGUUGCCCUGGGCAAGCAAAACCUGAGGAAGAAGGAGGCCACCGAGCAGGUGCUGCGUGUGGUUCGCCAGGUGCCACACCCCCAGUACAACCCACGGACCCACGAUAACGACCUGAUGCUCCUGCGGCUGAGUCGGCCCGCACGGCUGGGGAGAGCGGUGAGGCCCAUCCCCGUGGCCCAGAGCUGCGCCAGCGCCGGCACCUCCUGCCUCGUGUCCGGCUGGGGCACCACCACCAGCCCCAUCACCAGGUACCCCAACACUCUGCAGUGCGUGAACAUCGACAUCGUCUCAGACCAGCGAUGUAAGAGGGUCUACCCUGGAGCCAUCACUGAGGGCAUGGUCUGUGCAGGGGUCCCCCAAGGCGGAAAGGACUCUUGUCAGGGAGAUUCUGGGGGACCCCUGGUGUGCAACGGACAGCUCCAGGGCCUUGUGUCCUGGGGCAUGGGGCAAUGCGCCAUGGCUGGCUUCCCCGGCGUCUACACCAACCUCUGCAAGUACUAUAACUGGAUCCAGCAAACCAUACGGAGUGGCUGA